GUACCGGGUAUGUGAAGUAAGCAGCAGGAUUCGUGAACAGCGAUCGAAUUGUCCAAUUGCUGUUGAGAACGUCAGGCGGCGACUUUCAAACUAUUGGGUUGCGAUUGGUCAUCCCGCCCGCUGGUUGCGUGCGCCGUCGGCUUGAGCAUUAUGGCGUCGUCACAAUUAUUGGUAUAACGUCGUGCUUCGACUUACACGACGAAGUUGGACGAAGUUUCGCAUCGUAGUGUCUCACUUGGAAUUACUUGGAAUUUUCAGUGUGUCGCGAUGCUGUUCGCCCAAUCAUCGCCAAGAAUCGCAAGAUUUUGAAUGGCAGCAAACAAAGCAAAGGUAAAAUGUCGUACAAGACUAGAAAGCGAAAAGAGGUCGAGGAGCGCAAAGUAAAUGAUGGGGAACAAGACAAUUUUUUUACCGAUGAGAUGAGGGAGAAGAUGGAAACGAUGUGGGAGAUACCACAAAUUUUCCAUUUCCUCUACUUAACAAAGGAAUCUCUUAAUAUACCUCAGUUAUCUUUAUACGAAAUGGAAAGGAUGCUAUUGAUACCGAGGGCCUCUAAACAAUUAGCAAACAUCAUGACGUGUUUGCUGAGUUCCCCGAUAACCAAAGUAAAGCUACGCAAGGUGCCACCGAUGCCAUAUGAAUUUUGGACCAAUAUUCUCGCGUAUAAAAUGUCAAGCUGGUUCAAAAUUUAUCGUGCGAAGCAUAAAGACGCAACCAAAGUUCUAGAAACUAUCGGUGUUGAACCAGAAUUCUGGAACGUUUUCCCCGAAACUUCGAUGCUCGAUGGCAAAGAUUUUGAAGAUCUUAGUUUCAAGCAAAGAGUCUGGUUGCUAAAAACUGUCUGUGAUACAAUCAUGCAUACUAGAAAAACAGUUCAAGAAGACAUGGUGAAUCAACCAUGGGAAGAUCAGUUUGAAACAAUUUUAGGAAUGGAUCGUAAUGGGGCAAGAUACAUUUAUUUUCCUCAAUUUAUGCCGAAUGAUCUCAGAAUUUAUAGGCAUUCUCUAGACAAUAAGAUCUUGUCAACUGUUAAGCCUGUCAGACAAGAUCAAGAGACGAAGAAGAGGAGUAAAUUCAUUAGAUACAAAAAGAGAAAAUUACAAAUACACAAUAACUUAUCUGAUCACAGGCUUGAAAAUAGAAACGAUGAUAAAGAUCUUAGUAAUAACGACAGCACUACAGGUUCGUUUAUCAGUGAGGAUACGAAUUUGAGUAGUAUCAGCACGUGCAGUAAUAACAACAACAUAAUCCUGGACACUAUAAGCAGGAAGCGUCGUAGGAGCUUGUCAAAAACGUCCGAGGAAAGUUCAAAUGCAAGAUCCAGCGGCUAUGACACCCAUAACUCCAGCGAUACCAAAUCUGUUGAUGAUGAGUCUUCGCCGAUGUUCAAAGGUUUUACUAAUACUCAGAAUGAUAAUUGCAGUAUAGGAAUAAUUAAUGAAAUGUUACAUGAUUUGAAAACUGAAAUCGACGAAGAAAAAAAAAUGAGUGAACGCGAAAGCAGUAAUGAAUUAGUAUCACAAGAAAACUUAGUUGAAUUGUACAAAAAUACUGUAAUAUCCUGUGGUGAAACAUUUGAUGAAAAGGAUGAGAACGAGAAAUCAGGUGAUACUUUGUCCAAUAGUUCAAAAACAGACGACGAGAAAUUGAAUGAGAUAAUUAAUGCCGAAAGUUCCAAAUUAUUUGAAGAUGUAUAUUCCAAAAAUAUUCCUGCCAGUGAUGUAAGUGAUAUUUCAAUGAAUUUGACAUCUAAAUCGGAUGACGAAAAACUGAGUGAAACGAAAACUAGUGAUAGUAAUGUUAGCACAAAUGAAAACAGUUUAAAUAAAAAAAGAACUUUUGAGUUAUUUUAUUCAUCUUCCUCUAUCAAUAGUGCAUCAUUAAGUGAAGAAGUGACUAGACAGUAUCUGAAUAAAACGCUACCAGUGAUAGAAGCAGAAUCAAAUAAUUUGAGAGAAGGAAUGAAACUACGAUCUCGAAAUGUAAAGCAGUACAAUAAAAAAUAUACAACAGGAAAUGAGAUAAAUGAAAGACAGGAAGUAGAAGACGAUCAAAUGAAUGAAACAGAUGAAGAAAAUUUAAAUGAGCCGCGAUUACAAACAAGCAUGGAAUACGAUUUGGACAAUGACGCAAAUAAUAUUGAUAUCGAUUAUAAUUUGCAAACAUCCACGGAUCCAAAGACAGAUGAGUGCAAGCAACGUUUUGACAAGAUGUUGUCUGAUCUUAGCGUUUCUGAUUUUUAUCUUGUAGUUGACAGUAUAGAAGAAUUACGGGAUCUCAUUGCCAAUUUUUCAGAAAGUGAUUUGGAAAGCAAUAAUUCUAGUAACGCGGAAAUUAUUCCUUUGUGUGAAGUAAAGUUAGUAAAGAAGUUGACUGAAUUAUUAAGUUCUGUGGAACCAGUAGAGACAACUUUAAAGGAUGCAAUGCGAAAAGCAAAGGCAAAACUUCAAAGGGAAUGGUCUAAUUUUAAAGAAGGCAGUGUGGAGGAUCAGGACUCAUCCGGUGAGAGUGGUCUCAGCUCUAAUUGGUGGGUUCUUGGGACGCAGGGCAGGGAUCCACUCUCAAUUCCCGGAGACGCAACGUUACAAACGUUACCGCAAUCUGCCGUAUCCCCACUUGGCACCAAAAACACACAAAAACAAUCACAAGUCGAAAGUGAAAACGAAAGUACGGUCAAAGAGUCUAAACAAAGUCACCACGAGAGCCGAGAGCCGAGUAAUGAACGGCAAAAUGGAAAUGGUAACAAGCAGUCGGAGAUCAAGGCGACAUCAGGAAGAAACGAAGUUGUGGAAGAAGAAAAGAAACUGGAAAUCAAACAAGACGGAGAAAACGAGAAUGCAUCAGACGAAGAUGCAAACCAGGAAACGCAACACAGUAGACGGGUGUUACGAGCACGCGGCAUCUCUUCAUACACAGAACAACUUUAUUCAGAUGACGAGAGCGAUGAGGACGAGCUGGAGGAAUGGGCCGACGUUGAGGCAGUAUACGCGGCUCCCGGCACACAGGCCAAUACAUCCGCUUCUCACACUAAUUCGAAAGAACGAAACGCUGACAACUGGUCGGACGAGGAGGACUCAGACCAAGAUUGGAUUCUACCGAGCUCUCGCAAAAGGAAAAAUAAACGUUCGUCUACCAAUCGAAGAUUAAAAUCAUUUGAACAUAAAGUACAGAAUAUCACAGAAAAUACAUCUCAGAGUAAUACGACGUUUGAUGUUUCUCAUCCUAAUGCGAAAAUUGUUAAAGAUAAGUUGAAGGAUAAACUCAAAGAUAACAAGAGAGAGCCUGAAAAUGCAGCUGCUCCGCAAAUCCUUGGUAACACUGCUUCUGUAGCGAACAACAAAAAUAAAAGAGAAGUGCCUUCCAUGGACACGAUUUGUAAGAUUGAAUCUGUCAAGAGUGUGCAUUCGGAACUUGACAUCAAGGAUGAGGGUCCGAUGUACGAGUCCAAUCCACAUGCCACAAGCCAGCAAUAUGAACAGAGCAAUUACGAACCCACGAAUACGCAACAAAAAUAUUAUUAUAUGGUGCCACAGAAUUCUGGAAUGGUGCCCCAGGGGGCGAUCAUUCAGGGAACUGUGCCGCAAGCUCCGCAUGCGACUUACUACAUGCAGCAGCCUUAUGUAAUACAGACUCCACAGAGCAAAUAUCUACCCCCUACUCAGCAACAACAGUUUGUUUAUCAACAACAGAGUCCGCAGAUAAUGGCUCAACCGUACAUCAACAAUACGAAUUACGUAUCUUAUGUAGCGGUUGCAACACAGCCUCAAACAGAGUACAUGGUUGCACCUGGACCGAUGAUAAAUCAACUGAAUUCGCAGAAUCCGGUUCAUUGCACUCCCAGACUGCAGAAUAGAUACAUGCAAAAUAACAGACAACUAGCACCGCGACAGAACUCACAGCAUUUUAAUGGUUCGGUAAUAAGAAGCAUUGGCACACCUGUCAGAGGUCAGAGACCCACCAAUUCGAAAAAUGUUCCUUUGUCGAGGCAAAGGCAGAAAACAUCACAAACAUCCAGCACAGAAAACAGCGGUCAGAAGGUCACAUCUCUGAUCAUGCUCAGUGAUAGCGACGAUGAGAUAGAAAUGAUCAUUAUGGAGAAAACGCCUAAUACCUCAGAAAAAACUCCAACCAACAGAGCUAGAUCAUUGGAGUCUCAAAGAAUUGCUAAUCAAUCUAGACAGAAACCUACAAUCACUUCGGAUAUCACUGUCCCUUCAACAAAAGGUAUUCUCUCACCGCAAAUCAUUCAACGAAUGAGUCAGGGUGGUAUAUCCAUCACGCCAGUGAAGAACAAUCCACCGCCAACGACGAAUGCCAAUACGCAAUUAGUGGUAGUCGUAAACGAGACUGGCAGUCAUUAUGCUUUGGCACUACCCAAUGGCAGCAAACUCAUACUCACUCCGGAACAGGUAGCGCAGAUUAGAGCUUCAAAUGGAGGGAAACUAAUUUUGUAGAACGUGUAAUUAAUCAUAUUACACAAAUUGCGUGUCUUUGUUCUAUUUCUUAAGUUUUCACAAUCGCAAUAACAUGUAAAUCUGAUACAUGCAAGUUUUAUCUUCAUAUCUUGCCGAUUUAGUCAUUAGUCUGUAAAAACAGAAAUUUAUUGAUGAGGUAUAUCUCAUCAAAUA